CUUUCUCCCACGCCCGGUCCUAUUCUGGGCCUGGAACUCAAUGAGUCGACCUGCGCUCCUACGCUCAUCUCGUGACAGAGCGAAUCUUCAUGUCCUUCGGAAGACCACCUUCAAUCAAUGUUGGCUUCACACCCAAUCCUCCCGACCGGGGGGCAUUUCCUCUCGACCACGAUGGAGAGUGUAAAGAGCAGAUGAAACUGUACCUGGCCUGUCUGCGCGGGAACUCAAGCACAUCAAGUCCCUGUCGGCCGUUAAGCAAGCAGUAUCUCGACUGCCGAUGAACAAGGGACUCAUGGAGCGAGACGAGUGGAAGAAUCUAGGAUUCGCAGCACCCAAGGAGAAGGUCCCGGAGAGCGACCCGAGUCCUGAAAGUAAAACGCAGCCAGAGUCGUCUAAAUGACCGGAGUUUGUAUGUAGCUAUUAUAGCUAUCGCUCACUUCCAACUGCAGUUUUACCGCUGUGCCCGUGGAAAGACCCAUUCUGGCCGCCGGCAUCUACUGCCGGGAAACCUCGGGCAGAUGACGCGGCGACUUCCCCAUUUGGACUCUACACGUUCGUGACCGCGUUCGCUAUCAACAAAAUUCAUUUCGCAAGCACAAGGCCUCUUGGGCCGCUGAACGCGUCUCACGGCGAGAAAAUGUGCCAAUGUGUUGUCGCAUAUGCCCGGGACGUCUCUGCGACUUGUUUUUGAGCCGGGGAUCCCGGGAGGAUGGCUGCGAUCAUGCAACGUUCGUGCUCCAGGAGGAGUAAAUAAGACAUUGAUACCUUGCACGCAGAUUCCCUUGCUGACUACUAGAAUGCUCCUGCUCUGUCUACUCUCGUCGCCUCUUUUGGCUGCUGCCGCUGCCGUGCAAGAGCCAUACGUGUGGCGUUCUGUUUUCGAUGUUCAGGGUCACCGCGGCGGUCGAGGGAAUGCUAUCGAGAACACGCUUCCGAGUUUUGCCUGGUAGGCUUUCGCGUCUGGUAUCGUCUGCCCGUACAAAUUUGGACAAGGGGCCUGAUCGACGGCGCAACCACUCUCGAGCUGGAUAACGGGAUAACCAAGGACGGAGUUGUCGUAGUAUGGCAUGAUGAGGAAAUCAUCCCCUCCAAAUGUCGCGACACAGCGCCUGUGACAGCGAACGAUCCCGCAUUUCCCUACGUUGGAAAGUACAUCUCCAACCUUACUUUGGCACAAAUCAAGACGCUCGACUGUGGAUCUCUGCGGCAGGAGCAAUUCCCUUUACAACUGACGUAUCCUUCUACUCGAAUCUCAACUCUCCAAGAAGUGUUCGAUUUCAUAGAAUGCGCAGAUCCCGAUCAUCUCGUACAGUGGAACAUCGAGUCCAAGAUCGAUGCCGCACAUCCUGACAGGACGCACAGCGUUGAUACUUUCGUCCAAAGCCAGCAUGCGAUAUUCGCAGCUAGUCCAUACAAAUCUGCUAUCACCUUUCAAAGCUUUGAUUGGAGAUCCUUGAAAGCCAUGAAAAAACUCGACCCAGAAGUCAUAACGUCGGCUUUGAUUGAUCAAGCAACUGCAGCCUCGGUGGGCAGCCGGCCUUCGCCUUGGUUAGCUGGGCUCCGUCUCGAGGACUUCCCUGGGUCCAGUCGCGAUAUUCAGAUCGUCCAUGCUGCCCAUUCAAUCAACUCGAGCAUCUUGUCGCCCGCAGCGUACGGAGACGGCUUUACAACGCGCAAAAUGGUCGAGCAAGCGCACAGACUGGGGAUGCAAGUCAAACCAUGGACUGUCAACAAUCUGGAAGUUGCAGACGACCUUGUGCGAUGGAACGUAGAUGGGAUAAUAACAGACUAUCCCAACGUCGUCCGAAGAUUCGUCCAACAGCAAGGGCUUGCUGUUGCACCCAAGUACCCCAAGCGUAGAGUUCUGUCUUGUCUAGAAGCCCAUAGUCAUUGAUCUUAGACACCAUAUAAUCGUGUAUUUUAGACGCAUUUAGAAUACCCAUGCUCAGCGCCGGAUGAUGGCUUUUUCGUUCGUGCUAAACGAGUAGAGCUGGCAUGGCUUGU